ACGAGGUUCUCGGAGCGAGCGGCGCCGGGUCUGAGUUGCCUGAGCGGGGGUCGGCGUGAUGCCCAAGGCCAAGGGGAAGACCCGGCGGCAGAAGUUCGGCUACAACGUUAACCGGAAGCGUCUGAACCGGAAUGCUCGCCGGAAGGCCGCCCCGCGGAUCGAAUGCUCCCACAUCCGACAUGCCUGGGACCACGGCAAGUCCGUGCGGCAGAACCUGGCCGAGAUGGGGUUGGCCAUGGACCCCAACAAGGCGGUGCCCCUCCGUAAGAGAAAGGUCAAGGCCAUGGAGGUAGACUUAGAGAAGCCUCAGGAGCUCGUGCGGAAGCCCUAUGUGCUAAAUGACCUGGAGGCAGAAGCCAGUCUCCCAGAAAAGAAAGGAAAUACGCUGUCUCGGGACCUCAUAGACUAUGUACGCUACAUGGUGGAGAACCAUGGGGAGGACUACAAGGCCAUGGCCCGGGAUGAGAAGAAUUACUAUCAAGAUACCCCGAAACAGAUUCGGAACAAGAUCAACGUCUAUAAGCGUUUUUACCCAGUGGAGUGGCAAGCCUUCACUCAGUCUUUACAGAACACGAUGGAGGUCGAGUGACUGGUCUACACCGGCCCCAGGCGGAAGCCUCCUGCUGGACCAAGAAGCUGGAGCCAGGGUUGAAGGCAAGGAGGGGCGUGUGGUUAGAGGCUGGCCGAACC